CCAGGUAUCAAAAGACGACGCUCAGCAGCUGUUAAUAAAUCUAUGACAAGUCUCUGCUUUCUCUGGGGAAAAAAAGACACCAUAAACUAACAGUAAUAAACGCAAUCACCGUAGUGUAGCAGUUACUUAUAACUUUACAGGACGAAAAUAUGUAACUGCUUUACUCUGGAAAGAUCUUCUGGUUGGAAAAUUCUUCUUCUUAUCACCUGGCAAUUUUUUGUUGGAUCAUCGUUCCACAAGAACUGCAGCACACCAGAUUUCCCAGCCCUUUUCGUCAAAAGGGAGGCUCCCUCUUUUCUUAAACUCUUGUUGAUCUAGUCUUCACUUUGUUCUUCACAUAAUAUAAAACAAUUAUCCUUUUUUAGAAAAAUUAUUACAUACUACGUGUUAUCGUAAUAAUUAAAACGAACACCAUAUAAGUAGCGUAAUACUUCAAGACGACUAGGUAUUGGUAUCUACUGUAACUUAGCCCGGACUUGUUUUCAAUCUUCACUGCCCCUUGAGGGAUACACAUUCCUGCUCGGGCGAGUCCUCCUACCAUCUCUCUCUUGUAAUGCUCGUUCGCAAAAAGAAACGUAGGAAAACGCAGUAAUCACGCCGCCUCUUCUCAUUCAAGCUGCUUGCCUUCGUACACGCGCACUCCCCCUUCUCCUCCCUUUUCUUUUUUCCUCCUUCGCGGCAUCGUCUCCUUCGUUUGUUUCCCAAACCAUCUCCCUCAAGUCGCGCGCUGGCACGCGCUCGCUCUCUGUGUCAGGAAGGAUUUCUCGCAGCUGCUACCGGCCGCCAUUACAGUCAAUUCACACCCCAACCGAGACAUAAGUGGGACAAGAAAAGGUGUGGGUACCGUUUGGAUCUUAACGCAACUUCCACAGAGUAUCAACAUCAGUGUCAAGGAAAAGGAAGGCUUAUUUCGGGUGGAGACUUGACAACAGCCGCAUUAUGCAUGCUUGUCCGUGGGGAAAGCAGUGCCGCCGCCUCAGGAGGGCUGAGGUUGAAUUGGAAAGCGCCGUAUAAAGGAGCCGGGACAGGGACUUGGAACAGAAGUAGCAUAUUCUGGUAUACUCUUGCAUCGUUUCACGGCGAACAUAAAGACUCCAUGAAAACGAUGGAGAAAAGAGAAUGCAGGACUGAAUCAUGUCGUGGGAGAACAGACUGUUUGAUUGGGAAAAUCCUUAACAGCUGCUGAGUGCAUGUAACAAGGAAACAGUAUCUGCCUGUGCUCUUGCAUUAUUUUUGCUUUUCUAACUCUCUAACAGAUAUGUCACUAGUGGUUGUAUGUGGUUGCUACUGAAAAUCCACAUCUCAAACCCAAUCGAUUUUGGCAGGAUGACUGGACUAUGAUGAUGGCAAAGAAGCAAGAUGUGCGCAUUCCUGUGUACAGCAUCAGUGUUGUGGGAUUGUCAGGGACAGAGAAAGAGAAAGGGCAGUGUGGUAUUGGCAAGUCCUGCUUGUGUAAUCGUUUUGUGCGAUCUAGUGCAGAUGAUUUUUAUCCGGAGCACACUUCAGUCCUUAGCACUAGUGACUUUGGUGGAAGAGUUGUCAACAAUGAUCAUUUCUUGUACUGGGGAGACAUCAAUCGACUGAUGGAGGAUGGUUCGGAAUAUAAACUUAAUGUCGUGGAACAAACUGAAUUUAUUGAUGAUCAGACUUUUCAGCCUCAUAGAAGCACAGCCCUUCAGCCAUAUAUUAAAAGGGCUGCUGCAACAAAACUUGCAUCAGCGGAAAAACUGAUGUAUUUUUGUACUGAUCAGCUUGGUCUUGAACAGGAUUUUGAGCAGAAACAGAUGCCAGAUGGCAAGCUUCUUAUAGAUGGAUUUCUUCUUUGUAUAGAUGUUAGUAGAGGUAUGAAUAGAAACUUUGAUGACCAGCUAAAGUUUGUGACAAACCUCUACAACCAGCUAGGAAAAACUAAAAAACCAGUUGUUGUAGUUUUAACAAAAUGUGAUGAGGGGGUUGAGCGGUACAUUAGAGACGCUCAUAGUUUUGCAUUAAACAAGAGGAAUCUUCAGGUAAUAGAAACCUCUGCAAGAUCUAAUGUCAAUGUGGACUUGGCUUUCUGCACAUUAGUGCAGCAGAUAGAUAAAAGAGGUAAAUUAAAAAACAUUUCUUAUUUUGAAGCUCUAAAACAGCAGAGUCAGCAGAUUGCUACUGCGAAAGAUAAGUAUGAAUGGCUUAUAAGUCGUCAUGUAAAAAAUCACAAUGAAACAUGGCAAAAUGUCAGUCGAAAGAUUGUAUCUUUACCUGAAUAUCAAGACUAUGUUUAUCUUGAAGGGACUCAGAAAGCAAAAAAGAUGUUUUUUCAGCAUAUUGCACAUCUUAAACAAGUUCACAUAGACAGGAGGCGAUCAUUUUAUCUCAACAGUCUUCCACACAUAUUUGAUAGCCUUAUUCCUUGUUUGGAUGAAAUUGACAGCUUACACUGGAGCAAAGUCAUACAGUUGUUAACGACAAAGGAAGACUUUUUGAAAUAUUUUGUUGUUCUUGAUGAUGUACCUUGGGAUUUAACUAGUCACAUUGAUAAGGAUGAUGACAGGGUUCCUUAUGAUUUGCUUGAUACACCACCAGCAGAACAAGUUUAUACUGCACAUUUGGAAAAACUAAGGAAUGAAAGAAAGAGAUCAGAGAUGAGGAAGGCUUUCAAGGAAAAUCUUGAAUCUUCUCCUUUCAUCACACCAGGUAAACCAUGGGAAGAGGCCAGAAGCUUUUGUAUGCAUGAGGAAUUUUAUCAGUGGUUGGAUGAGGUGGAGUAUCUUGACAUCUACAACAAGCAUCAAAAACAAAUAAUUGACCAGGCAAAAGAUGAUUUCCAGGAGCUGCUUCUGGAGUACUCAGAGUUAUUCUAUGAGUUGGGACUUGAUGCCAAACCGAGUAAAGAAAAAAUGGGAGUCAUCCAAGAGGUUGUAGGUGAAGAAGUCCGAUUCAAAUCAUUGCAGAAGUUACAAGCUGACAGAGAUGCUCUUAUUUUAAAGCACAUUCAUUUUGUUUACCAUCCAACAAAGGAGACGUGCCCUAGUAGUCCAGUUUGUGUUGAUACCAAAAUAGAACAGCUAGUUGGCUCAAAGUUAAGAUCAUUUGAUCGCAAUCAAAAAAAUUCUCUCUCUGAUCCCAAUGUCGAUAAAAUAAAUCUUGUGAUUCUUGGUAGAGAUGGACUUGCAAGAGAGAUGGCAAAUGAAAUUCGAGCCCUUUGUACAAAUGAUGACAAAUAUGUGUUGGAUGGCAAGACGUAUGAGCUUUCACUACGGCCCAUAGAAGGUAAUGUCAGGCUUCCUGUUAAUUCUUUUCAGACACCAACAUUUCAGCCUCAUGGUUGUCUGUGCCUUUACAAUUCUAAAGAAUCUCUGUCAUAUGUUACGGACAGCAUAGACAAAAGUAGAGAGUGGACUUCAGGGAGAAGGGACAAUCACUUGGGUCAGUUGCCAUUAGUGCUAAUAUUGAUCGGUAGGAGAGGUGAUACUGGUGGAGAAACACUGCAGAAUUUAAUACAUCACGGUCAGCAGACUGCCAGUAAACUGCAUAGUACUUUUCUUGACCUUGCAUCUACUAGUAUUGGGUAUGGAAGAAACAUCAAUGAAAAACAGAUAAAUAACAUUUUAAAAGUUUUAAUGGACACUAAACGUAAUUUAAAUCUUAGAAGUUCAUCUGCUAGUAUUAAGGACUUGGCUGAUGCAGAAUUACGGAUUGUUAUGUGUCUAAUGUGUGGAGACCCAACUAGCAUCGAUGAUGUCCUCCUUCCUUUCCUGCAAACUCAAACCUGUAAAGCAUCUCAGUGUGGUAGUAAUUCUGUGGUACUUGAACUGUCCAUAGGAACUCAAAAACGUCGUAUUGAACUUUCAAUUCUUUCCUAUCAUUCCACAUUCAACAUUAGGAAAAGUUGUUUAGUUCAUGGAUACAUCUUUUUUUAUUCAGCCAAGCGUAAGGCAUCUUUGGCUAUGCUGCGUGCCUUCCUGAGUGAAGUACUGGACAUAAUACCUGUUCAGCUUGUAGCAGUUACUGACAGUUCAUUAGAUGUUUUGGACAAUGAUGUGAAUCGAGAGCAGGUUACAGAGGGUGAAGAACUGGCCCAAGAUAUUGAUGGUAGGUUUGUCACUGUUCACUGUGGGCAGCACCCUCCACACAAAAUUGAUAUUUUUCAGCCAUUUUUCAAAGAUGUGGUGGAGAAAAAGAAUAUAAUUGAAGCUACUCAUAUGUAUGAUAAUGUUGCUGAAGCUUGUAGCACAGCUGAAGAAGUUUAUAAUUCUCCACGUGCAGGAUCACCUCUCUGUAACUCAAACAUUUUGGAUUCUGAAGAAGACGCCGAGCCCCCACCUCCAUAUACAGUUGUUAAAGAUGAAGUUUGUGUGCCUACUCUGUCCAAAGAUCAAACAAAGCUUUCAGUGGAGCUGGAUGGAAAUAACUUUUCCUUCAGUUCUUUAGCGAGCACUUUUGAAAAUAGGUUGAGCAUUAAAGUACCUCCACCUGUGAAACCAAAGCCCACAGUACAUUUUGACAUAAAGUCAGACCUUCCUUAUUUCGAACAAGGGAGUAAAGAUGGGCAAAGGAAAUCCUUAUCUUCUGUUAGUUGGCCACCUACAGAUGGAUUUGAUCCAUCUGAUUAUGCGGAGCCCAUGGAUGCUGUUGUUAAAACACGACCUGAGGAAGAAAAUAUAUAUUCUGUGCCUCAUGACAGUACCCAAGGUAAAAUUAUUACCAUUCGAAAUACUAAUAAGGCACAGUCAAAUGGAAGUGGCAAUGGUUCAGAUAGUGAGUUGGACUCUAGCUCUCUGGAACGUCAACGCAAAAUGUCACUUGUGAGCAAGCCUUUGCUGUACAGGGAUAAGUCUAAAAAGCUUGGCAGAUUUAGUAGUUUCAGAACAAGUUUUAGUGUUGGAAGCGAUGAUGAAUUGGGACCCAUGUCAAAAAAAUCUGAGGAGGAGUCUGGAAAAGGAGAUAAUGCUGUUAACUAUGGACCAGAUGUUGAAGAUCACAGGAAAAGGAACCUACUUAGGAGCUUGCGAAGAACCAGUAGGAAACCAACCAAGCUGAAGCCCCGCCUUUCCCUUACUAAGAGCAACUAUUUUGGUGUGCCUUUGGUAGCUGUAGUGUCUAAUGAAAAACCCAUACCCAUAUUCAUAGAGAAAUGCAUUGACUAUAUUGAAACACAAGGGUUGAGUACAGAAGGUAUUUAUCGUGUGAGUGGGAAUAAAUCAGAAAUGGAGAGUCUACAGAGACAGUUCGAUCAAGAUAAUAGUCUGGAUCUUGUGGAAAAGGACUUCACAGUCAAUACUGUCGCUGGUGCCCUGAAGAGUUUCUUUUCUGAACUUCCUGAUCCUUUAGUGCCAUACAACAUGCAGGUUGAACUGGUGGAAGCUCACAAAGGUUCUGACCGUAAAGAAAUGCAGGAUUUAUUGCAUGCAAUUGAACAACUGCUCCGGACCCAUCCAAGGGAGAGACAUCCGCGGGUUCAAUACUUUGCAUGUCACCUCAACAAGGUCAGUCAGAAUAGCAAGUCAAACCUGAUGACCAGUGAAAACCUUUCAAUAUGUUUUUGGCCAACGCUGAUGAGGCCGGACUUUACCACAAUGGAUGCCCUUACUGCCACCCGCUCCUAUCAGACAAUCAUUGAGCUUUUCAUUCAGCAAUGCCCUUUCUUUUUUUAUAAUUUGCCAAUUACAGAACAGACUGGUGUUGCUCCUCACUCUCCUACUGCUGUUGUUGCCAAUACUAGUUUCCAAUCUCCCUCACCAGUGACAGUGCCACCGUUGCCACCACAGUCUCCCCCUCCAUCAGUACUGCAGUCUCCAGUGCAGUCGGUUCAGCAAGCAACAUUACAAACAGAGCAUCAGACACUGUGAGCUGGUAUAUAUUGCACUGGUUAGCUAAAGGGGUUUUCUUAAUCCUUUAUUGGGUCCUACUGCUUCACACUUUCCCCACCCAGCUGCUGGCUUUAAGUAAAUGAGCCAAGAGAAGUAAAGUGGUGGGACACUGGAAACUGAGCAAGAUUUUCAAACUGAUAGUGUGGGGUGGCUGAGUAAAAUGUUGUUUACUCUCAGGUUCCACACCAUUUAGUCUUGGGCCUGUUCAGCAGAGGAAUUAAUUUAAUACAGACUGCAUAACUUGUUCUACACACAGAAACAGCUGCUAGGUUGCAAGGCCUUGGAAAGCAGCUGGUCCUGUAAGGUGGAAUAUGUACAAGACUGCAGUUCGCCAAGAGAAGAACUGAAAAUCAUGGUGCAAGAGGCAUGUGAAUUCUGAUUGUGCUUUUACAUGACCCAACAAAAGUAGUGUGUUGUGGGACAUCUUGUUUCUGUUGGAGCAUGGAUUCACAUCACUUCAGGUUUUUACAGCAGUAAAUCUACAGUGGUUCCAGAAUCUGAAUGUUUCAGCAGUGUUAGAAUUUAAACCUAGCUUUGUGUGCUUGUCAUUAUGAUGGAAAAUAAAUAGUUUUAAAUGUUU